UCCACUCUAUGCAUCAACGCACAGAGGUUCAGAGGAGAGGAACAACAGGCUUGAUCUGUCUCCACUUUAUGCGAAGAUUCUAGCCAGAUGCUGCACUUCCCAGUUCUCCAUGGACUUGCACCUCCUGUUUUUCCUCGUGGCACCGCUGGACUCCAUACUUGUGUUUUUGCUGAGCUGAUCUAAAUCAAGGAGACAUGUCGGCCGCUCAAGGACUCCUCAACAGCGUCUUCUCCUGCUCGUCUCCUGCCUCCAAAGCCAUAGCCAAGCGGAGGCUACGCCAAACCCGCAGCUUGGACCCAGCCAUCAUAAGACACUGUGACACCGGGACGGACGGGGCGAGCGGGGUGCAGCUCUCCACGGUAGACGCAGGUGCACCUUUGGAGCACCACAGUGCCAAACCCGCUUUACGCACCAAGAUCCCGACUCUGACAGAACCCAUUUCGCCCUCGGUGUCCUCUCCUUCCAUACCUUCAGAGAUCUCGCCAUCCUCCAAUUUCCAAUUUGACUAUGAUCUGGUGAAGCGUCCGAAAAGGAAUACAGCCGGGGAUUUACCGUUCAUGGUGAGGGGACCUGGGGCUGUGCCCACUGGGAGCACCAGCACACUCUUCUCCCCACGGAGGUGGCUCCAAAAGAAGGUGCAGCCGACCUGCCCUCACGCCUACAUCGUGUGGAAACUAGAGGGAGAUUUCACCUGGAGCAGCCUGUCAGGGCGGAGUGUACGUCUGACCCCAGUCAACAUCCAGAGCCUGUCGGAGUUGGAGAGAGCCAGGCUGCAGGAAGUAGCCUACACCCGCUUGGUUCAAGAGUUUGACUUGGGAUGCCAGAUAACUAUCCCAAAAGAUGGACAAAAGAGGAAAAAGUCUCUGAGAAGAAAGCUGGACUCUCUUGCAAAAGAAAAGAGUAAGGACAAAGAAAGCAUACCUCAGGCUUUCAGCAUACCCCUCUCCCAGGUCAUUGCUAACGACAGAACGCACAGACAGCGUCAAGAUGGUUAUCGGCUGGACCCUCCGCCGCGGGAAGAGCACAAAGACUCAUCUGACCUCGUCUCGUCUAUUUUACAAUUUGCCACCAAGCGGACAUCGAACAAGGAGUUAUCCAGCAGCAACUCAUCACUGAGUUCCACAUCAGAGACGGCCAACGAAUCAUCACCCAACACGCCUGAAUCUGCACCGCGAGCCCGCAGGAGGGGCGGCAUGUCUGUUGACUCCAUCACAGACCUGGACGACAACCAGUCGCGUCUCCUCGAGGCGCUGCAGCUCUCCCUGCCGGCUGAAACGCCGAGCAAAAAGGAAAAGCACAGAGACAAAAGGCUGAGCCUCAAUCCCAUCUACCGUCAGGUGCCCCGGGUAGUCGACAGCUGCUGUCAGCACAUUGAGAAAAACGGUUUGCAGACUGUGGGAAUCUUUAGAGUGGGAAGCUCCAAAAAAAGAGUCCGACAACUGCGGGAGGAAUUUGAUCGUGGCAUCGACGUCCAGUUAGAUGAGGAGCACAGCGUUCACGAUGUGGCAGCUCUGCUGAAGGAGUUCCUCAGGGACAUGCCCGACCCUCUCCUAACCAAGGAGCUCUACACAGCUUUUAUUAACACCACAUUGUUAGACACAGACGAACAGCAGAUUGCCACUCAGCUCCUGAUCUACCURCUCCCAGCAUGCAACAGUGACACAUUUCAUCGCCUGCUGGAGUUUCUUUACACAGUGGCUGACCAUGCUCAUGACCGGCAAAGCAAAGAUGGUCAGGAGAUUCCUGGGAAUAAGAUGACAUCUUUAAACCUAGCCACCAUCUUCGGCCCAAAUCUUCUCCACAAACAGAAAAACUCAGAUAAGGAGUUCAGCGUGCAGAGCUCAGCCAGAGCCGAGGAGAGCACAGCCGUCAUCGCUGUGCUGCAGAGAAUGAUCGCCAGCUACGAAACUCUAUUCAUGGUGCCCCCUGACCUGCAAAAUGAAGUGUUGAUGAGCCUUUUGGARACUGAUCCGGAUGUGGUCGAUUAUCUCCUCAGGAGAAAAGCAUCACAGAGUCCUGACAUUUUGCAGUCAGAGGAGGCCUUCAACCUGAGUGAGCGGCAUUCAUCAAGUGACUCCAACAAGGCGUCCAGUGGUGAGGUUUCCCCCUAUGACAACAACUCCCCAGUCUUGAGUGAGCGAAGAGGCGAACCGGGGAGCCUGGCCACCGAUCAACAGCAGUACUCUGUUGUGGGGCAGGUGGCUGGACAUGACAGUUGGGGUUCUAAAGACGAGCCUGUUAACAUUUGGGGGACAUGGCACAGCACACUCAAACCAGCUCUCAAGAACCAAUCAUACACAGGUUCCCAUGGCAACGUGUCAGAGGAAAGCUCACGCAGCUCCCAGGAUGGUCUUGAUGGACUCCAUGGAGAUUUCAAGCAACACACGGUGGCCCGUCGGACUCAGACAGCACCUUGCGUCCCCAAGUGCAGAGCCCACCCCCCGGUCACUCGAGUGUGUGCAGGUCCCAGUGUAGAGAAGGGGCGAUCCCGCCUUCAGACAAACAUUAACCCCUCUGUGACAACCCACCUGAACAGCACACAGGUCUCUCAGCGAGCGAGCGGACAAGGGGUCAACGAUGRCCGCUGUCCUCCUCCGUAUAGCGCUCACCACAGACUGGCGGGCUCGCAGACUUCCCCUCAGCUCGCAGCGCCUCAAGCGAGGUCGAGCACCACGCAGAACGACUCAGCCUUAACGAAGGAGGCACGGAUGGUGCCACAGAGUGCAGAGUGGCGGGACUGGCAGCGGGAUCGGUAUCAGAUCUGGCAGCUGCUCUCCUCAGACAAUGCUGACACACUGCCGGAAACACUGGUGUGAUCUCAGACCACCAGCUCCUCUUCAGUUUCUGUGGAAAUAUGGCGUGAUCAAAGCCUUUUAAAGACAACCGCUCCUCGUUCUUAUCAUUUCUCUCCCCCUGGCUUGUCUAUACUUGCACUUCCUAUUUUUGGUAAAGCCGCAAUUCUCUCCUGCAUCUUAUCACGAUGGUGUUGUUUACAUGUGCAGCUGCUGCCUCAACCAGAACUAUUAUUUUUACAUCGUAGAGCCACAAGUAACUUUGGUUUGUAAUGAUUUGAGCUUUUGUUGUCUGUGUUGUUUUAUUCAUCAUGACCAUGUGUUCAGAGCAUUAGAAAAAAGAAAUGCCCACUAAAUAUACCUCAGUAAAAAUAUAUAUUUUCAUAACAGUAGAUGUUUUUUUUCUUAAAAUCAGUUUGCAUUGCUUCUUUGCUUAAAAAACAAACUCUUUCUACAGUUUUUAUUCAACUUACAGACUAGGAUGUACACAUUGGUAAUUGCUGCUAAACAAAGACUUUGUGUCCAAACUAUUGUUGUAUUAUUUACAAAAAAGGACAUUUUUUAAAGUACUUUGAAAAAGUA